GCUGGGAGCGGCGGCAGGGAGGGCUGGCUGAGGCGCCGGGCCUGGGGCUGGUGUGUGGGGCCGGGGUCGCAGCCGCAGCCGCAGCCGCAGCGUCGGGGCCGAGGGGCGCGAUGCCGGAGCUGGCCGUGGACCGGGUGGUGGUUCACCCGCUGGUGCUGCUCAGCGUGGUGGAUCACUUCAACAGAAUAGGAAAAGUUGGGAAUCAGAAGCGAGUUGUUGGAGUGUUGCUGGGCUCUUGGCAGAAGAAAAUAUUAGAUGUAUCCAACAGUUUUGCAGUCCCUUUCGAUGAGGAUGAUAAAGAUGACUCUGUGUGGUUUCUAGACCAUGAUUAUCUGGAGAACAUGUAUGGAAUGUUUAAAAAAGUCAAUGCUAGGGAAAGAAUUGUUGGAUGGUACCACACAGGCCCCAAACUACACAAGAAUGACAUUGCCAUCAAUGAACUAAUGAAAAGAUACUGUCCUAAUUCUGUAUUGGUAAUUAUUGAUGUAAAGCCAAAAGACCUGGGGCUGCCAACAGAAGCCUAUAUUUCAGUUGAAGAAGUUCAUGAUGAUGGAACUCCAACCUCCAAGACUUUUGAACAUGUGACCAGUGAAAUUGGAGCUGAGGAAGCAGAGGAAGUUGGUGUUGAACACUUGUUACGAGAUAUUAAAGACACAACAGUGGGCACUCUGUCCCAGCGCAUCACAAACCAGGUCCAUGGUUUGAAGGGACUGAACUCCAAGCUUCUGGAUAUCAGGAGCUACCUAGAGAAAGUGGCCAUGGGCAAACUACCCAUCAAUCACCAGAUCAUCUACCAGCUUCAGGAUGUCUUCAACCUGCUGCCAGAUGUCAAUCUGCAGGAGUUUGUCAAGGCCUUUUACCUGAAGACCAAUGACCAGAUGGUGGUGGUCUACUUGGCUUCUCUUAUCCGGUCUGUGGUUGCCCUGCACAACCUCAUCAACAACAAGAUUGCCAACAGAGAUGCAGAGAAGAAGGAAGGUCAGGAAAAGGAGGAAAGCAAAAAGGAGAGAAAAGAUGAGAAGGAGAAAGACAAAGAGAAGAGUGAUGGCAAGAAAGAGGAGAAAAAAGAGAAAAAAUAAAGUGUAGUUUUUUAUUUGUAAAUUAAAAUCUUGUAAACUAAA